AUGAAUUGCUUCUGGCGUCCUGUCCAUCUCAUCAUCAAGAUGAAAAAAAGCAGCACCGUCCUCGCCAUCUCCAUCUUGGUCCUCCUCUCCCUUGCCUCCCAGGUCUCACGGUGUGCAGCAUCAGCUGAGGGAAUCGCCGGAGUUUCCACAGCGCGUCAUCGGUUCAGGCCUCAUCUCCAGGUGCAAGAACAAUUGCACGGCGAUAUGAAAGACCACCUGGAAAUCCAGAGUCCCAGCCGGAAGCUUGGGCUUGGGCAUGAGGCGGAGAGCACAGUGGAGUUGAAGCAUCACAGGAGGAUUACCACCGGGCACAAGGGUGGCAGCGCCGGCGGAGGCGCCGGCGCCGGUGGCACCGCGGGUGCGGGUGGAGGCGCGGGUGGGCGGAACGUGGGUGGCGGGGGCGCCGUGACAAGGCCGCACGGCUCCAAGAACGGCGCGGCGGUGCUCCCGGUGCCGGCGGUGGCGUCCGUCCUGGCGCUCGCCUUGGGCUGUGGCGUUGCUCUGUCAGCCCUGAGCUUCUGA